AUGUCGAUACCACAACCUCCAGACGAUCCAGAAACAAGAAAUAUUAUCGAAAAACUUGCUAGUUUUGUUGCUCGUAAUGGUCCAGAAUUUGAAGCGGCAGCAAGACAAAAACAUGAAAAUAAUCCAAAAUUUUCUUUUCUACAUGGUGGUGAUUAUCAACAUUACUAUGCAUUUUGUGUUCAAGCCGAAAAAGCUUUACAUCAACAACCACCAAAUCCUUUUCAUUUACCACCACCAAAUAUUCUUGCACCACCACCAAUGUCUCAUCAUUCAUCUCGACCAACAUUACCACCAUUUACUGGUCCUCCUCCACCACCCGGAACAAAUGGUCCACCACCUCCUCCAUGGACACAACCACCACCAUCACAUUUAUUUCAAUCUGGACCUCCUCCACCACCACCAAUGCCUAUCCCUCCAAUUCCACCUCCAGCAGUUGUUAUUGAACAAGCAUUUCAACAACAAAUUCAAGCAUUACAAGAACGUUUAAGACAAAGUGAAAUAAAUCUUGCUGCACAACAUGAUUCAAUGCAAAUAAAUAAAAAAACAAAAGUUCAAGAAAAUAUUCGUGCUGCUAGACAAGCACGUAUUUCAGCACAAGCAAAUGAAUCUAAUAUCGAUAUGAAUGAACUUGAUCGAACAAUAUUAGCGAUUGUUGAAGCUUGUACAAAAGAUAAUAUUUCUAGUGGUCGAAAUUGUAUAUUUAAUUAUAGUCAAACACCAAUGCAAGCUGAAACAAUUUGUUUAUAUUUAAUUGAUCGAUUAUUUGCGCCUGAAGCAACAAGUGAUACUUAUCUUCAUUUAAUUUAUUUAAUUAAUGAUGUACUUCAUAAUUGUCUUCGUAAGGGUAAUGAUGAACUUCGAAUCCAAUUGAGUAAAAUAAUUGUUCCAAGUUAUUGUUUGGCUAUUGAUCAAUCAAAUGAUGAGCGUAAACAAAAAUUGGUCAAGUUACUUGAUCUUUGGGGAAAAAACAAAUAUUUCAAUGAUGAUAUUAUGGAGAAACUUUGUGAUGUUCAACAAGCAAAAAGACAUUAUGAAGAUGCUAUUCGUAUUGAAUAUGCACCGAUUAUUGAAGCAAUUGGAAUUAGUUUUGAUGAAAACUAUGCUCAACUUGAAAGACAACAUGCAGAAUUUGCUCUUCAUAUCCAAACACAAAUUAAUCAAAUUCAACAACAAAUUGUUCAAUUUCAUCAAGUUCAACAACAAACACCACCACCUCCUCCACCUCAUUUAUUAAAUAAUACUUUUGGUCCACCACUUCCACCAAAUAUGUUAACUCGAAUGCCGCCUCCAUCUCAAUCAAAUAAUUCUAUUCAACAACCACCACCACUAAUGUCAUUAAAUCCAUUCAAUGAAAAUAAUCGAGAUAAUCCUAGUCUUCGUUCAUCAUCAAAUAUAUAUGAUAAUACUCCUCCAGCAUUAAUGUCAAUGCCAAUAUCUCACUAUGAUAAUAAUAAUCAACAUGAUGAUUAUGGAAAUAAUAAUAUGAAUACACAUAUUGAACCACCAUUUGAUUUAAAUAUGGUUACAGAUGAAAUACCAUAUUAUGAUUUACCAGCUGGUCUUAUGUGUUUAUUAGUUAGAGAUGAAGAUUGUGAUUAUAAUCCAAUUGAUCCAACAAAAAUGUAUUUACCACCAUCAGCACCAAUAUCAGAACGGUUAUUAACAGCUGUAGAAAAUUUUUAUAUGUUACCAACACAUGAAACACCAAGAAAUGCUGAGGGUUGGGAACGAUUAGGUUUAUUUGAAUAUUAUAAAGUAAAGAAUAUACACAAAUUUUCAAAAGAACGUAUUAUCAAUGAAACAAUUCAUCAAGAUAAUAAAGAUAAACGACAAAGAGUUAAUAGAAGUCGUUCGAAGAGUUCAUCAGGCUCAUCAUCAAGAUCUUCAUCAUCAUCUUCAUCAUCCUCAUCAUCAGCUUCAUCGUCAUCUUCAUCAUCAUCAUCAGCAUCUUCAUCGUCAAAAAAAAAUUUAAAUGCAAAUCAACAGAAAAAAAGAUCUAGAUCUCGAUCAGGAUCACCUCCGUAUAAUAAGCAAUAUUCAUCAAAAAAUAAUCCAUCAACAAGAUCUCGAUCUCGUAGUACAUCUCCACCAUCAUUCUCCACAGUCUAUACACCUCAUAGCUCAUCAAAUGAACCAUCAUAUCAUCGCUCACAUCAUCAACAUAAAUUAUCUGAUUCAAAUGUUGGUCAUAAACUUCUUCAAAAAAUGGGUUGGCAAGAGGGUAUCGGUCUUGGUCGACGUGAACAAGGUAUUGUUGAACCUAUUGCAGCAAGUACAAAUGUAAAUAAUGAAGGAAAAAUGGAUCAAUACAAAGGUAUUGGUCAUGAAGAUGAUCCAUUUGAACAAUUUCGUAAACAAAAAGCAAAAGGUUAUGUAACCCGUUUAAUGGCUGCACAAGCUGAAACACAAUCACGACGUCAUGAACCAGGCGAUGACGAGGUAUCAUCAUCAUCAGAUCGUUCAGAAGAAAAACCUAAAAAAUAA